GAUUCAAGGAGUUCUUUCAUUUGAUAUACAAUUACUUUGUGUUUUUCAGUAUUGAUAUUAACAUUUUUAAUACAUAUAGGUCAUUACUAACUAGCAUUCCGACAGAAGUUGUCUCGUUGGAAAUCAUUGUUAUAAAUAUAUAUUAAUCGGUUCAUCAAUGUAGCUUAAAUAAAUAAGUUCUCUGCAGUAUUAUUUGGUCAAGUCUAGAACAUCAAUAAUUAUAAGCUAUAUACAUAAACAAAUCAUGGGAUUUGGAUGUAAAAAAAUCUUGCCAGAUAACAGUAAUUAAAGUAUGCAUAUUCUUAAAAUCUUUAUCGGCGUUUUCUUUGCAGGUAAUGUCUCCCGUUUUCAGGCGCUCCUAGAUGUCUUUCGCGACUUAAGAUACUAAGAUUAAUUAGAACUAUGAACACAAUUAUUUGCUUAAUCUUCUGUCUAUGUUGGUAUGACAUUCGAGUUAUUGAUAUUAAAGAAAGAGUGGUUCUACCAUCAUCGAGAUGACCAAUACAGGUUCGAAGGUAUAAAGAAGCUUGUGAAUAAAUCUUACGAUAAGUCACGAUUCAAGUUCGGAAUAAUUCAAACUCAGAGAAUCAAGAGUUCACAAACAAUCCCAGAAGAUCUUGCCUUACAGGAUGUUGAUGAUUUCAAUUUGUUUAUCUUACUUGGAUCAAAUGAAGUAUUUAAAAAAUUACUGUAUGAAGAUGGAUAUAUUCGAGAUUUUUCACAAGAUGCAACAAAUCUCGAACAGAGUUAUGAUUGUGAUAUACCUGAGAAGUACUAUACCUUAUUUGAUUUAAGUAAGAUUGAUGAUUUGAAGAUCACCAUAGUUGAUAACGAUUUUAAUUUAGAUCUUAAUAUUAUUAGUAGAUCUUUAGGAUCUGCCGGAUUUAGAACUUAUAAGCAUACUACGCUUAAAGAUGAAGAUAUUGAAUUAGAAUUAACAGCAUUUACAUCUUUCAUGAGAAAGGCUGGACCUAAGAUAUUGAAUCUUGUGCUUGAUAAAUGUAUACUUAACUCAAAAUACUUUUCUUUAUUAUUCCCUACUCUUCCUCCAUUAAAUCAUUAUAAGAAAUUAAUUCUUCAUGCCGAUGUAAUAAAGGAACAUAAAUUAGUGGAAUAUUAUGUAUCAGCAUGUUCCUUUGUACCAUCUCCUAAAGAUGAUAUUUUAUUAGAAAUUGCUGAUGAUAAUAUGGUCAUGGCUGGACCACUUGAAUGUGGUAUCUAUGCUACUCAAAAUUUUCAUAUAUCCUUUAUUCAUAGAGAAAUUUUAUUAAAAUAAUUCACCACUAGACGAUUUUUGAUUAUGAAUUAAAUAAACGACUUUACACUUAUAUACAUAUAAAAA